AUGGAGUUCAGCCUAUCCACCUUUUACAGUGCCUUUGACGUUCAAAAAGACUAUGAGGUUGAUAACUCCAAUAUCGAUGAUAAGCUUUCCCAUGCAACGCACGCUUUAGCACAUAGCUGGGAAGCCAUCCAUCACAACAGCGAGCUUCUAGAAGAACUCAUAGACAUGGCCCACGGAUUUCAGCAGCUCGAUCCCAAACACAAGAAGCAAGUCAAUUAUCUAAUAUCAUCAUCGCUUACGAAUGCAUCGCGUCAAUGCACACUUAUGAUAGAAGAAGGCGAUUAUGUAGAUAUGCUAGACGUGCUCAAACUGUGCUUGGAAAAGUAUGGCUACCUAAUGUUUGUACUCCUUAAUUAUCUAUCACGAGAAGAUUUCCCCACCAGUACUUCCGCAAGACAAAAGCAAACCUCCGUGCUGUGGAAGAACAAUUGUCAGCAGGUAGACGAUGCAUUAUCGUCCGUGCUGAACUGCUUGCAAUUGGAUCUAUCCAAAAUCUUUGUCACCACUCCCGAGAAAAAUCAAUUCCUAGAUUUGUUUCUUCGACCCGUUUUUCAUCUCAUGGAGCUCCCUGAGAGGAUGAAGGUCAACACCAUUCGGAUAUAUAUGUUUCGUAUCAUUUCCUUUGCAGUCACACGCCAUGGUAGCGAGGAAACAGUUCAAAACUCCGUCAUCCAAUCCUUGACAUACUACCCACAUCUACCACAGUAUAUGGCCGAAUUACUUCAUACUUUAGAGAAGUCAUUCGAUCAUAUCAAGCUCUCAGAAGAUAUACUUCUAGAGAUCAGUCAACUCGAAUUCAAUGCAAACGAUACAAAUGGACCCAAGGCUGUUUCUGAGUUCUUGGUCAAAGUGUCAGAGGUCAGUCCUAGAUUAAUCAUGAGACAAAUGGCCUCCAUUAGCCAAAUUUUGGAUAACACAAACCAAUCGCUUAGAUGCUCGGUUAUUGAAACAUGCGGUAACAUUGUUGUUGAUGCGUUCAAAACACUUCACAGCAGUACAAGCUCUUCAGAAGAUGAACGCGCUGAGAUCAGUAUGAAGCUGAUCGGUAAGUUGUUCUCAUUGCUUAAGCAAAGAACACUCGAUCAGAAUCCAUUUGCCAGAACGAAAGCCCUUCAGGCUAUGGUGAAGGUUUUCAACAACGCCCCCGUGAAGGACUACGUUGUGGCGGCUUUGGAGACCCCCGAUUCGAAAGAUCUUGACGUUGGACCUGCCAACGAAUGGUAUCAAGAAGUCAUGAACGUGGCUGUAACUGGACUCUACGACAGAAGUACUUUGGUGCGUAGAAACGCAAUCAAGCUCCUAUCGAAGAUCUUAAUUGAACACCCUUUUACGUCCCAAGAAGCAUUUCGUAUGCUGUACAGUCGUUGGGAGAGAAAACUUGAUGACCUUAAGGCUGCCAGUCAGCAUGUUGUGCCGGAACGCUACUUCCAAAAGUUCGUGAACCAGAACGACAUUGAUAAGUCAGAGGAGGAGACACCACAAUCGCCUGCGGAGCAAAAUGAAGGAGACGCAAUGGAUGUCGACGGGGAAAACAACGAGAGAGAGAAAGAAACAGGAGAGAAUAUCCUAGAAGAGGAAAAUGCCGAAGUGGAGAAUGAUGCAGACUUUGACAAGGUCAAGAGUUUGAUGAAGCUUUGGGAAUACCACAACUGUGCUUUAGCGCUCAUCAAAAAGCUUGAAAGAGGUGUUGCGAUCACAUCUUCUCUCUUGUUUUCUAAGAACAGAAACGAGGUACUUGAGGCCAUGGAUUUUUUGGUCUGCGCAGACGCCUAUGGAGUUGAGAAUGCAAGUCAAGGUAUAAGGAAAAUGCUCCAUCUUGUUUGGAUGAAGGGAUCUUCAGAUGAAGGUAAAUCCAUUGCUACUCAGCUAGUCGAGUGCUACAAACUUCUAUUUCUUACCACUCCUUCAGACAUCACCGCUCAACAGGCUGCCGAGAUGAAAGCACGUAAUUUGAUCAAGAUCACCAUCAAUGCCACAGUUGCAGACUUAGCAUCCUUGGAAAAGCUCAUGUGCAUGAUCUACGAAGGAAAAUUAAUAGACUGGGCUAUGAUCGAGCUGUUGUGGUACAUCUACAGCAAGGCUGGAUCUAGUGACUCGCGUUACUCGCAAGCUCAGAUCCAUGGUGCUAUCAUUGUUCUAGGUAUGGUGUCCUCGGCCAAUCCAGCUAUCGUCCAAUGUGGUUUGAAGUCUUUGCUCGAGAUUGGGUUGGGCUCGAUUGGUAGGCUGGAUUUGGUUCUUUGCAAGCAUUCGUGUGCAACCUUAUUAAAAAUCGUGCAACCUCUGAAGAAACGAACGACCGAGAGAAUGUUUGCAGAGGAUAGCGAAGCUGCAGACAGGUUGAAGGCCAUCUUGUUAUGUUACACUCCCCAAAGGGAAUGGUUCCCCGUGGCAGAACAAGCGAUUGACGCAAUCUUCCGUAUUAUAACAAAUCCUAUUGUGCUUUGUGACGAUAUCAUAAAGUCGAAGACAAGAGACGUUUUUGUGACCGAAGCAGAGGAGGAUUCAAAAACAUCUUCACUCGCACAACUUCUCUUCAUUGUGGGCCAUGUUGCAAUCAAAACUAUUGAGCACCUUGAGAAGCUUGAGGCCCAGUUUAAGAAAAUGAAGCAUGAUUUAGAAGCGGAAAAGAGCAAUCAAAGGAAGGAGAAUGCUGCUGAAAAUGAGCUUGAAAUGAUUGGUGGCACGUCUGAAGACGACUUCACAGAUGUUGUCGUUUUCAUCAGAGAGACUGAGAUCCUUUUUGGGGAGAAGUCCUUGUUGGCGAAAUUUGGCUCUUUGGUAACCGAGAUCUGUCUGAACAGAAAAGCCUACAACAAUGGAAUACUUCAAAGAUCAGCGGUGCUUUGUCUAUCAAAGUUGAUGUGCGUUUCGUCCAAAUUCUGUGAGGCAAACUUGCCGUUGUUCAUCACAAUCAUGGAAAAAUCUGAGGAUCCGGUGAUCCGUUCUAAUUGUGUACUUGGUCUUGGUGACAUGGCAGUUUGCUUCAACAAUUUGGUGGAUGAGAAUACCGACUUCCUCUAUCGCCGUCUCACCGAUGACCAUCUUAUGGUCCAAAGAACUUGUCUCAUGACUGUUACCUUCUUGAUCUUGGCAGGCCAAGUGAAGGUUAAGGGUCAACUCUCAUCAAUGGCUAAAUGUCUUGAAAACCCAGACCAAGGCAUCAGUGAUAUGUGCCGCUUGUUCUUUACUGAGUUGGCUACAAAGGACAAUGCUAUCUACAAUGCUUUCAUUGAUAUCUUCAGUGGUCUCUCCAAUGAUGACACAUUGUCCAAGGACGCGAUGAAGAGAAUCAUCAAGUUCCUUGUGUUGUACAUUGACAAGGAGAAACACCAGAAGCAACUCUCGGAGAAGCUUUUGGUGCGUUUGAUGAAGUCCGAGACCGAGAAGCAGUGGAACGAUAUCGCCUUUGUUCUCACCACGAUCCCUUACAAGAACGACAACAUCACACAGGCAUUAGAAGCGGGGUACAAAAUGGCGUCAGCCAGAGAGCUGAGUGGGCUCGAUGAGGCAAACGUGAAGAUUCUCGUUUGUACAGCAUUGUCAUUCCCAUUCAGCAUUAUCUUCAAGAGACUCCCCGAUCAAAACUACUCAGCAAAGAACUGGUACAUCAUUGCCGUUUCCUCCUUCUAUGUAUUUGUGAUCUGCGAGCUUGGUUCCGGUUUACGGUCAUUGUUGAUCUCUUCCAUGGGCACGUACUUCAUCACCAGGUACUUAAGAACAAGCUAUAUGCCAUGGAUCAACUUCCUAUUCUUGAUGGGACACUUGCUCUCGACUCAUGUUCUUUUGCAAUUCUUCCAGGAUUACGAUGCCACGGUGAUUGACAUUACUGGUGCUCAGAUGGUGAUGGUGAUGAAGCUCUCGGCCUUUGGUUGGAAUGUGCACGAUGCCACGGUACCUAAGGAGCAAUUGACUCUGUACACCAGAGAAAGAGUGAUCAAGAAGCACCCCAAUCUUUUGCCAUACUUGGGAUAUGUGUUCUUCUACCCCUCUCUUAUGACGGGUCCUGCGUUUGACUACAUCGAUUAUGACAGGUUCAUCCAUUCUACUUUGUUUGACGAUGUCCCAGAGGAAAGGCGUCCAGGAAAGCGCAGAAGAAGAAGAAUUCCUAAGUCCGGUAAGCAGGCAUUUUCAAAGGUCCUCCAGGGUUUGUUCUGGGCUGCGCUUUUUGUCACUAUGCCUAAGUUUGUGUCUUUAGACUAUGCUCUUGACAAGAGCUUUGUUACAGAUAAGUCGUUUGUCUUCCGAAUUUUCUACUUGUGGGUUCUUGGACUUACCUACAGACUCAAGUACUACACUAUCUGGCUGAUCGCAGAGGGCGCGUGUAUUUUGUGUGGUAUUGGCUACAACGGUUACGAUCCAGAUACUGAUCUGUUUAGAUGGGACAGGGUUCAGAACAUCGACCCAUUGGCCUUUGAAACGGGCCAGAACGUGCAUGCUUGUCUAGAAGCCUGGAACAUGAAUACUAACAAGUGGUUGAAACACUAUGUGUAUGUCAGAUUGGCAAGACCUGGGAAGAAACCCGGCUUCAAGAGCACUCUUUGCACAUUCGCCACCAGUGCUGCAUGGCACGGUACUAGACCCGGGUACUACCUUACAUUUGUCAUGGGUGCCUUGUUGCAGACUUUGGGCAAGAUUUACCGUAAGAACAUCCGUCCGAUCUUUUUGGAAGCCGAUGCCAAGACGCCAAAGAGUACCAAAAUCUAUUAUGACAUUGUUUCAUACUUUGUGACACAACUUGCGUUUGGCUUCAUCGUGCAGCCAUUCGUCAUUUUGGACUUGCCGCUCUCGCUUUAUUGCUGGAGUACGGUGUACUUUUACGUCAUCGUUAUUACAGCAUUAACGCUCUUCAUCUUCAAAGGUCCUUUCAAGGUCCCCGUCGUCAAAUUCCUUCAAUCUUAUCAAGCCAGCCAUGUCUUGGCUGAGAAGAAGAAAGAGGAGCACAAACUUUCUCCUGAGGAGACUGAACAGGUUCACCAUACGGUUGGAAAGGUUCUCCAGAGAGAAACCUCUCAUGAAAUGCCUUUGCUUGGACUUCCUUCGAUUGACGAGCUCGAAUCGCUCACCAAAGAGGAACUUGAAGAGGAUGUUCGUGAAAUCCAACUAGCCUGGGAGUCGUUUAAAGACCGCAAAGGAUACGAGAACGACAUCAGGGACUUGAGAGAGGCCUAUAGAAAUUUUACCAACGAGAUCGAAGAGAUCAUCGAGGAACAGAAGCGGACAUUAGAGAAGAAGAAGGAGAAGACGGAGAAGGCGGAAUAA